UCCAAAGUUCUUUUUAUUUGUGUGCCAGGACUUCAUCUGUAGUACUCUCUCUCUCUCUCUCGGUUUCUCUCUCGAUAGGGUUUCUAUUCUUCACUCUCCUCGUCCUUCCGAUUGUUUCAUAUUAGAUCUCAAUCAUCCCCGGGAUCCUUUGGCAGGUUUUUUUGGCGAUCGCCUUUGAAAGAGCCGAAAGGAACGUCGAUCUCUAGGUUCGAAGGACAGAGCUCACACACAAUAUAUCGUUGCUUCAUCGUUGUCCUUGUUAUUUGAACGAAGGAAUGGCAAUAGACCCCGUAAAUGUCAGUGAGUUUCGGGAAUUGGCAAGGAGGACGCUGCCAAAAAUGUACUUUGACUUCUUUGACGGGGGUGCAGAAGACGAGGUCACGCUGAGAGAAAACAUUGAAGCUUUCAAGAGAAUCACGUUCCGGCCGAGGGUUCUUGUUGAUGUUACCAAUGUUAACAUGUCAACAACUAUUCUGGGACACCGCGUUUCAGCGCCAAUAAUGCUAGCGCCAUCUGCAAUGCAUCAGUGGGCGCAUCCCCAAGGAGAAUUGGCUACAGCGAGAGCUGCUGCAACUUGUGGCAUAAUUAUGGUAGUAUCGACUUUCUCAUCCAUUCCCCAUGAGGAGAUCACCGCCGACUGCAAUGGGACUCUUUUUUUUCAGUUGUAUGUGUUUAAAAAUCGUGAAAUUACAACACGACUAGUACAAAAGGCUGAGAAAUGUGGCUACAAGGCUCUUGUGCUGACAGUUGAUGUUCCUAAGCUUGGUAGAAGGGAAGCAGACAUAAGGAACGGGCUGGUAGCAGUUGUACCAAUGCACUUCAGAAGCCUUUUGACGGAAGAUGUUGUGCAUGCAAGUGGCUCCAAAGCAGAAGCUUUUGCAUCUCAUGUACUUGAUGCUUCUCUUUGUUGGAAGGAUGUGGAAUGGCUACGUUCAAUAACCACAUUGCCUGUUUUCAUUAAGGGGCUACUCACUGCAGAAGAUGCUGGGAAAGCUAUGGAGGUUGGUGUGGAUGGAAUAAUUGUUUCAAAUCAUGGUGGUCGCCAACUUGACUGUGCACCAGCUGCAAUUUCUGCCCUUGAGGAGGUUGUCAAAGUAGUCGCGGGUAAAGUUCCUGUUCUGCUUGAUGGAGGAAUUAGGCGUGGGACAGACGUGUUCAAAGCCUUGGCUCUUGGUGCCCAAGCUAUUCUGAUAGGAAGGCCGGUAGUGUUUGGCUUGGCAGCAAAAGGAGAAGAGGGAGUAAGAAAAGUGAUUGAAAUUCUGAAGUCUGAACUUGAGCUCUCCAUGGCCCUCAAUGGUUGCUGCUCUACGGAGGGCAUAACUCGGGCUCAUGUCCAAACACUUCGUGACAGGUUAAGAUCCAUGCUGUAACGCUCGAAAACGUUCUACAUUGUCUGAUGACUGAUGUUGCGGAUCUUCAACAUGUCUGGUUCUUGUUACUAAAUAAUUUUUAUAUGUUGUACAACUCUUCUCAACUUGUUUAUGUUCUUUUCUAGAUUGGUUUUUCAGAAAUGUUAGAAAACUUAAAUCUUCACUA